CAAGGUGAGUGUAAAGACACCUCAGUGUUUACUGGGGUUAUCCCUGUCUAAUACGAACUGAUCUGAAACAUUCAAGUGUGACAAAUAUACAAAAAUAGAGAGGGGGGGGGGGGGCGAAUACUUUCUCACAGCACUGGUGGUUUUGAACAGCAUAUGAAAGCGCUGUAUUUGGGUUGUACGUGUCACCAUUUCGCGUCGAAACACUGCAGGUGACUUUGUUCCCAUUUCAGCGCCAGACUUAUGCAGAAACGUUGAAAAACCGGUGGAAUUGCCCUUUAAAGCAACGCAACCUCCAAAAGCUCUCAUUGCCGGUCUGUCAGCUGAGCGAUACAGGAUGAAAUGUCACACAGACGGAGCUUCAGUGUCCUGAUAACACCGCCGCUACUCAUUACAUAAAUCACCAUUUAUUCAAUAAGUAGCCAGGAUAUUAAUUUACUCCACUGGCGCAGGACACCGUCUUAUAAACGGGCGGGGGGACGACGACGACUGUAAAUCAAAGCCGAACAGAGCUUCAACUUCAGCGGUGAACGCCGGAGCAACCCCGGUCUCUCUGAGGAGAGCGUGACGUCACCACGCGCUGGUCUGGUCAACAACCCGUUCGUUGUGAGGAGAGAGAGAGAGAGGGAGAGAGAGGGAGAGAGAGAGAGACGGCGGAAAAACACCACGUAGCAGGAGACCGAGGGACAGUGGAAGCGAGGAGCAGCCGAGGCCGUCCUCCCUUAAACCCUGCUGCUGUCGACGGCGAUAUACGAGGAGCUGUCGGGAGGUCGAAAUCUAGGGCACGUCAGCGGGAAGGCAGGGAAAGGGAAAGGAGGGAAAAUGGAGCUGGAGGACGGCGUGGUGUACCAGGACGACACGGGCACGUCGGCUAUGAUGUCCGACAGGGUGUCGGGCCUGGCCAGCUCCAUCUACCGCGAGUUCGAGCGGCUCAUCGGCAAGUACGACGAGGACGUGGUGAAGGAGCUGAUGCCGCUGGUCGUGGCCGUGCUGGAGAACCUGGACUCCGUGUUCGCGGAGAACCAGGAGCACGAGGUGGAGCUCGAACUGCUUAAAGAGGACAACGAGCAGCUCAUCACGCAGUACGAGCGGGAAAAAGCGCUGAGGAAACACGCCGAGGAGAAGUUCAUAGAGUUUGAAGACUCCCAGGAGCAGGAGAAGAAGGAGCUGCAGAACCACGUGGAGAGGAUGAGCUCUCAAACACGCCAACUGGAGCUGAAGAUCAAGAACUACACUGACCAGAUAAGCCGUUUGGAGGAGCGGGAGGCAGAGCUGAAGAAAGAAUAUAACUCUCUUCAUCAGCGACACACAGAGAUGAUUCACAACUACAUGGAACAUGUAGAACGCAUUAAACUCCAGCAAAUAACCGGAGGAGACGCUUCAGAUUCUGGAACGCUGGGUCGAGUCAGGAAAGAGCGGCCUCUCUCGCUGGGCAUCUUCCCCAUGUCUGGUGGAGGCGGGAACAACUCCCUGACUCCAGAAAUCCUGGGCAGAGCAGAGACCCCUGGAACAGAAGGCUGGAGAUUUAAUGACCUCAGCCAGCCACGGUCCAACACCAGCCUCAAGCAGUUGGAGGCGGAGGAUCCUCCACAGAAAAACGAGGGUAAAAGCGCGCAGGAGGCUUGGGAGAAUUCGCUGGCAGACGACUGCAAGGAUGAGCUAUCAGGUUCCAGAUCCAUCACACCCAUGUCUACCACAGCCUCUGACCUGGCACUAGACUCCCACAGGGAGGAGGGUGAUGGCUCCAGCAGGAGCACUGAGGUGCAGGCUGCACCAGGCACAUGCACAGUCUCUGUGGGUUUGGUGGAGAACGAAGAGAAGUCUGACGUACAAGCUAUUAUUGAUUCCACCCCAGAGCUCCAUCUGGACCUCAGUGGCUACAGAGGAUCCAGCACACCGAAUAAAGGCAUCGAGAACAAGGCAUUUAACCGGAACACAGACUCCCUGUUUGAAGAAUUGUCCUCUGCAGGUAGCGGCCUCAUCGGUGAUGUGGAUGAAGGAGCUGAUCUAUUGGUGGAGUACUCUGACCUGAGUUUGCGUGGCAUGGGACGGGAAGUGGAGAAUCUCAUUCUAGAGAACACACAGCUCCUGGAGACAAAGAAUGCACUGAACGUGGUAAAGAAUGACCUGAUUGUCCGUGUGGAUGAGCUCACUUCUGAGAAGGAGGUUCUUCAGGGGGAGCUGGAUGCAGUCGUGCAGGCCAAGGCCAAACUAGAGGAGAAGAACAAAGAACUGGAGGAGGAGCUCAAGAAAGUUCGAGUUGAAAUGGAGGAGGUCAAACAGAAAAGCAAAGAUGAAGAUGAGAGCGACGUGCCCACGGCUCAGAGACGACGCUUCACGCGGGUGGAGAUGGCGCGCGUGCUGAUGGAGAGGAACCAGUAUAAAGAGAGACUGAUGGAGCUGCAGGAGGCCGUCCGGUGGACAGAGAUGAUCCGAGCUUCAAGAGAAAAUCCUGCUCUUGCAGAGAAGAAGAAGUCCAGUAUCUGGCAAUUCUUCAGCCGACUGUUCAGCUCCUCAUCCGCCAGCAGUGCAGUAAAGGCUUCCCCCUCCAACGUGAAGUACAACCCACCUAGUGGCAUGAGGAAAAGCAGUACCUUUUCCCAGUUCCCCACCGAGAGGUCCAAAGCUUUCGACUUCCUCAAAGAAGACGUGGACCCAUGCAGUUCUCCGUCCCGUAGGGAACAGAAGAAGGCUCAGUACCGGCAGGUGAAAGCCCACAUGCAGAAGGAGGACGGGCGAAUGAUGGCUCACGGCUGGAGUUUGCCCAGCAAAUACAAGGUAGCAAAUGGUGCGCAAACAGACAACAAGGUGAAGAAUUUGCCUGUGCCUGUGUAUCUCAGACCUUUGGAGCAGAAAGAUGCUUCUAUGAAGCUGUGGUGUGCAGCCGGCGUGAACCUCUCGGGCGGCAGGCUGCGUGAAGGAGGAUCGAGUGUGUGUCCUGAUGGCUCUGUGACUGAGAGCGAGAGUUCUAAACAGAGGAAAGGCUCUCAGAGCAGCCUGGACCAGCUGGAGCAGGAACCUAAGGAGCAGGAGCGAGAGCCGCUGCACAUAGAGAUGUCCAGCCGGGUUUGGAUCUGCACCAGCACCCACUCCUCCACAAAAGUCAUGAUCCUAGACGCCACGCAGCCCUCUGAGCUGCUGGACAGCUUCUACGUCUGCAACUCACAUGUGCUGUGCAUCGCCAGCGUUCCAGGUGUCCUGGAGACAGAUUACCUUGCUGGAGAGGAAGUUCCUCAAGACUCAGAGGGGGUGCUUGAGGGCUCAUUGACCGGGAGCGUGGCCAGUAACAGCUCACAGGGCAGUGAAGGAGCACUGAGCGGCAUCUCGGCAAUCGGUUGCAUAGCGGAGGGGGCAGGCUCUGGCAGCACAGGGACCAAUGAGCUUCCUGCAGAGCUCAGCCCUGUUAGGGGUACAGUGGAGUUGUCUAGGGAAUCUAGCCCUAAUGAAGACGGCGUCCCCACAGCAGAGGAGGCCACCGAGGCCACUGAGGAAGAAGAGGGAGGCGCAGGAACAGAUGCCAGUCAGCCUGGCAUUUACACUGAGCAUGUGUUCACGGACCCACUGGGAGCACAGCCCACUGAGACCACCACAGCCACAGACAGUAAUACAAGGGAGUCAGGUCAGGAAAGAGAUGGGGCGCUGUCUCCGGGCAGUGAGCAGGACCAGGCCAAGGAAGACAUGCAGAGGAUGAGCAGCACUCUGCCCACCAUGUGGCUGGGAGCCCAGAAUGGCUGCUUGUAUGUGCACUCUUCUGUGGCCCGGUGGAGGAAGUGCCUCCAUGCAGUGAAGCUGAAGGAUUCUAUUCUCAACAUAGUUCACGUUAAAGGGCGAGUACUAGUGGCUUUAGCUGAUGGUACACUAGCCAUCUUCCACAGAGGUCUAGACAGCCAGUGGGAUUUAACCAACUACCACUUACUGGACCUGGGCCGGCCUCACCACUCCAUCCGCUGCAUGACAGUGGUGCAUGAUAAAGUAUGGUGCGGCUACAGGAACAAGAUCUAUGUCAUCCAGCCCAAAGCUAUGAAGAUUGAGAAAUCAUUUGAUGCUCAUCCCCGCAAGGAGAGUCAGGUGCGUCAGCUGGCCUGGGUGGGUGACGGCAUUUGGGUGUCCAUUCGUCUGGAUUCCACUCUUCGUCUCUUCCACGCCCACACUUUCCAGCAUCUCCAAGACGUAGACAUUGAGCCCUAUGUCAGUAAGAUGCUAGGAACGGGUAAAUUGGGCUUCUCUUUCGUGAGGAUCACAGCUCUCAUGGUGUCCUGUAACCGGCUGUGGGUUGGGACAGGAAACGGCGUCAUCAUUUCCAUCCCCUUAUCAGAGUCUGUGGGUCUACAGCAUGGACUCCUCAGGCUGAGGGCUAAUAAGAAUGUGGGGGCUAUAGCUAGCCGGCCCGGUGGUGCGGUCCGAGUGUACGGGGAUGAGAGUUUGGACAGUGUGACCUCAGGCUCAUUUGUGCCCUACUGCUCCAUGGCCCACGCCCAGCUCUGCUUCCAUGGCCACAGAGAUGCUGUGAAGUUCUUCGCUGCAGUACCAGGUCAAGUCGUUCCCCCAACAAUGUCACCUGAAAGCAUAACCCAAGACUCAGACGCUCCUUCUUCUGAUAGUCCAUCGCAGGAGCAGCAGUCCAGGUUCAUGCUGGUCAUGAGCGGAGGGGAGGGCUAUAUCGAUUUCAGGAUGGGUGAUGACGAUGGAGGGGGGGGAGCAGGUGAGGAUGAGGAGCCGCUGGAGCCCACAGUCAAGCUGCAAUCGGCUCCUGCUAAAACGGAGCGCAGCCACAUCAUUGUCUGGCAGGUUGCCAUCGGCGACGAGUGACCGUCCAAUCACUGCCUCAGGUUCAGCAGAGAGCUCAGUCUCCUCGAGUAACCCUACAUGGGCCUCCGUUUAACGUUUUUAUUUCACUAUUGUUACGAUGAUUCCCAUUAUUAUUAGAACAGUCUCAGCAGCUCACAUCACCGGCGAUUUUAACGAAGUCUAUGAGGUUUAUCAUUUUUUAUGAAUUUGGCAUUUGUUCUUGACAAGACAUGAAGGUUAAUAGGAGAUCAGAAAAAGGGAGAGAAUUGCAGGGAAUAUUAAAGGGAGCAGGUGAAUCUGUCCAGGACUGUAAAUCCUGAAUGGUCCGUCCAAAUAAUGAGCAGCACUCUACUUGAGUACUGAAACACAGGGAUUCGUGAAGGAAAUGAGCAUUUUUAGUUUACACCAUGACCAAGUGUAUUACCACACGUUAUACUGUAUAAGGGAUUAUAAUGCAGGAUGAAUUUGUAUGUCGUGUUUUGUUUUUGUUUGAUUGAUAGGCAUUGUGCAAGACCGGGCCACCUUCUGGAGCUGUGGGUUACAUGCAGUGGGAUUGUGUUGUGGUAGAUGUUUCUAGAGGGUCAGGAGGCUGUUUUUGCUGAUCGUGGCAUGGGUCCUGUAUGUAUUAUCCUAGCACCUUAACGGCAUGGUGUGUAGAGGCAUGUCUCUCUUCUAGGGGUGUUUUCUUGCCUGCAUGGAAGAGUCCAGUAUGUCGUUCAUCAAGGCCCUAGCUCUAAAGUCUGUCUAGCGUGUUAGCACCUUUAUGCUAGAACUAGCUUGCUGGCACUUUAAAAUAGUAACUAACGUACACCUACAUUUACUCUAAGACCAACAUGUGCGGUCUUUUAUGUUAUUCAAAAGGGACUUCCCUGUUACCAAAGGACAAAUUGUAGAUCUAAGAACAAACGCUUAACAGUGUGGAUAUAGUCACUUGCAUUUCGCCCUAGGCGACUUUUUUUUCACGUUUAGCGACAUUCUCUAAACAAAAUCAGCGAUCAAAUUUUUUAUAGGACUGCUAUUUUCCUUGACAGGGAUUUUUUCAGAAAUCGGUUUGUUUUGCACCUUACAUCAUUUGUCUCCAAGCGCUAAGCCAGUGUUUUUUUUUUUGUUUUUUUUUUUGGCUCAUGUGUUUCUGUCUUGACUCGAGUGUUUACGUGUACAGUCUGGGAUGUUGAAACCAGUCAGUAUGUUAUUAUUCCCAUUCCUUUGCUGUUUUUGUACAUGUAUGUGAGACGAUAUAGUCUUUUCUUUGAUGGUGUUUGUCAAAAUGAAUGCAGGAUGGGGCCAAUGUUUGACGUUUUUUGUAUUUGAAGAAGAAAAAAAUAACCGGCUUGCAAGUGGUCUAGUUUUGUUUUUAUUCCGACUUAGAAAGGGAAUAUUCAUAUCGUUGGUAUUGCCAUUCCAGUAUUUAUUUUUCAUAAUGAACUUUGUGGUUCAGAAUGUAACUUUAUACAUGAGAAUUAUAUUACUUUGACAUAACUCGAGUGACGUCAGACAUACUCAGAAGCAAUUUGGUGUGUUCUCACCGACAUUGUGAAGGAAUCACAUUAAUACUGGUUAUAACAUCAUGGACUGAAGUAGGUAGGGUAUACAGAAUAACCUCUGUGUGGAUCAUCUGGAAAAUCAACACAUUCAUUGUACUAAGCUAUGCAUGUUUUUUAAAAGGACACUGCGGCGUAUUUGUUCAAAUCCCUGUUUAUUGCCACCUUUUUGGGUGGAUGUGUGUGCGUGUGUUUAGGUGACUGAUGUAGAGUUGUACUGAAGCUCCAGUAGCUGCAGUUGUAUGUAUGUGUGUGUAUGCAUAUGGGUGGAUGCUUGCUUGAUCCAUUUAAGGGGAAUUCCACCAGUUUUUUCAAAGUUUCUGCAUAAUUCAGUCAUUGAGGUUUAAACAAAGUCAUUCAGAGAGGUUUGUUGUGAAAUGGUUAAUUGUUGAGAACAAUAUUGACUCAGAUUUCUUUACAGUGUUGACAGGAACCAGGGCCAUUUCAUUUACCAUCGAAAAACUAAAUCUGAGAUUUAGAUAUAAUUUUAAUGCUAAUAAAAUUAGACAUGGUGAUAAAGUAGUCAUUGUUUGUUCCCUUCAUUUAACGCUCAAAAACCGCUACAGUUUUGAUGCCACUUGAUAACACUGCAUCCUGCUAAAUAACCAAAAUAUUGAGAAAUGACAGAAACAGAAGUGCAAGUUCUUUGGAGCAUGCUAAUGCAAUCUGUACCCACAGUUUUAUGAAAUGACAAACAUGAAAAAAUGUUCACUAAAAAAUAGUGAACUUUGUUGGAAGACGAAUCCGUUUGCUGUUGUCGAAGACAUUUUGUGGCACAUCCUGUAGUCUGCAGUUCAUUUUAUGUAAACUUGUUUUAUUUAUUGUUUUUGGCCCAAAGUGUUCUAAAUUUUGGUUUUGGCUAAGGAUUUUCAUAUUGGUGUAUCACUACCUGUAGAUUUUCAUAAUGUUCAUGAUUCUCUUAUAUUAAAGCUUGUAUAUUGUUUACUGUACAUUUAUUAUGUUGUAUGUUUAUGUGAAUUGUGCUACAUCUUGUUGCACCGGAUACAAUUACCACUGACAUGUUAUGUGGCAAUACAAAGAAUCAAUCAACUGUAGAUGUAAACAUAACAGUAAAACAGUGAAGAAUCUGAAAAAAAUAUUUUUGGGGACGAUUUUGCCUUACAGUGUCCUGCAUGUACCUCUACACAAUAAAUCUGUUUUCUAAAAUAUUUAUGAACAAACAAUUUCUCGGACUUCAGCGAGUGCAUUUGUAACCAUUUCAGUGUGAUCAUUUUCUGAAGGGCACUUUCAGAGGAGUCGCACUCUUCAGACGUCUGGUUCCUAUCACCGCCACUGUGGACGGUUCUGACUGUCUAUUUCUGUAGAACACAGCAUUUCACAUGAAACCUCUCUGAAUGACUUUGUUUACAGCGCAACCAUUUAAUUGUGCAGGAAUUUUGAAAGAUGGGUGGAAUUCCUCUUUAAAUCUCACAGGAUGUGCUGUGGUUGUCACAGCUUGUCAUUACUGUGGUUUUUCCUGUUCAAUGUUUGCUAAAACAGCAUCAUAGCCUUAUUUUUAACAAUCUAUUAAACUCAAUUUCAUGGGGAAUUAA